UCCAUUGUUAAAAAAGCUCAAGGAAGUAAAUUUUUUAGUUCAGUGAGAAAAAAAUGCCGUACGGUGAUUUAAAUUCGUUAAUUAGUAGUUUAAUUUCGUUUGAUCAAUUAAAUUUAUCGCCGGUAAUCGAACGUAAGUUUAAAAAAAAACGUUUUGUGCCAAAUAUACUAAGAAGACAGAGACGGAGUGAAGUCAUAAAGCAGGACAAAGUCUUUGAUAAAAUUUAUCCAAAAGUAAAUCGCAGAAAGCAGAAUUUUUUUGAAAGAAUCGACCAAGUGAUCAGCCAGAAAAUGAAUGAAAAUAUGGAGGAAGGUUUGGACCAGUCUCCAAUGUGGUAUGUAGGUGAUACUGAUGAUUAUUUAGAUGUUCAGCGUAUUGAGAUUGUUGAUAAGUUUAAUUUUAAUUCGCCUGAAAAAAUGACUGAUGUUGCUUAUGACGACUGUAACGACCGCGGGUUUUUUGAAUUUAAAAAUCUCACUUUCGUUGAUGAUGUUGUCGUCAGCGGACUCGAAUUUCUGGAUGAUAACUCUAAAGUAAGCAAUAAUUUUUUUAUGACUGAAAGUUCUGGUCAUGAAGACAAAGACUUUUACAUUGACGCGAGCGAAUUCGAGUUUGAUUUUAUUGAUAGCGUGGAAGAAAGCGUAAAAAAUGAAUUUAUGGUUCUCGAAUUUGAUACUGAGAUUCUGGAGAAUCAAACUGAUGAGUCCAUUGAUCCAAAUCCUGGUAAGUUUGAGUACCAAGUGAUUGAUAAUUUCGAAGAGUAUAAAAAUGUGUUGAAAUCUUCAAACAUUGGUGAUUUUGAAGACGGAGUUUUAUUGGAUCCUUUAAAAGUCAGUGAUAAAGUUGAUCGUGAAUUGAAAGAGUGUCUGUGCACACUCUGCAGAACUAAGCCUUUGAUGAAGUCACGUCACCUGAAGCAGAAAGAAAAAAAAAUUAGUUCAUUAGAAGAUUCAUCCUCAGUUUUAACAUGUGCGUUUUGUAAAAAAAUAUUUAGUCGUAAGACUUCGUGCAAUAGACAUGCGGCUCAUUGUAGAGCCAGAAAAAAUUCCAGUGAGCAAUAG